AUGUGGAAUAGGGCCUUAAUCAACCGCGACACAGAAUUAAUAUCAAUUCCCUCCCCCUACAAAAGCGCAGAUCCGCUGAUCCAAAAUACGUCUGAGCGCGAGUCUGAAAGAUACUCAGAGAGAGACACAGAAAAACUAGAGUCCAAGCCCAAACGUAGUUGGCCCUUUCACUUCGGAGACAGGUUCCAAGGCUGGAAGUUCACUAUCUUUCUGGCUUGUAUGACCAGUCUGAUCGUGUUCCUUUUCAACCUCAUUUUUAUGCUCUAUACUAUCUCUCAUGACCGACAGGAUGACACCGUGGGGAUUUUGUACGAGGGCGACUGCAAGAAAGUGCACCAUUUGGACCUUGGUUUCCAUCUGUUGAUCAACGUCUUGAGCACGGCUCUUGUUUCUGCUAGCAACUUUGGAAUGCAAUGCCUCGCUGCACCGACAAGACAAAACAUCGACCGAGCUCACCAAAAGGGAAAAUGGCUCGAUAUUGGAGUACCCAGUAUCCGCAACCUGUUCCACGUAUCUAAGGGAAGAUCGCUCUUAUGGAUAUGUCUAGCAUUUUCCUCUCUCCCUUUCCAUCUCAUUUACAACUCAACAAUAUUCUCGACAACCUCCGUCACAGCCUACAGUAUCUUUCUAGGAAAUGGAGAUCUAGAAAAAAUAGCCUCGCCAGACCUAGAAGGACCACUUCCAGGGACAGACAAAUUGGAGUCUUUCAACAGACUCUCUGAGUCCGCCAAAAGCAAAUCUCUAAAGCGUCUCGAGCCACAAGAAUGUGUCGAUAAUUAUGCGCAAAGGUUCCAAACAACUUAUGGCAACCUCAUUCUUGCCACCGAGCAAAUGCCGACAAACGCUACAUAUAUUUACCUUGGGACGCAGGAUGUAUACAUUCCUACUUCCAUGCACCUAGAGGGAGAUACAUAUCGCUGGCUUUGUCCACCACAUAGGAGCAACGACUGCGCCGAGUAUUUGCCGACUAUUCAAUCUCAAAUCAAGCAAGACAACUGGACCAUGAUAAGCUCUGGUUCCUCGAGGAAGAUUGAUUACUGUCUCGCCGAAAGGGUGGAACAGUUUUGCAAGCUGCAGUACUCUUUCCCAUUAGUCAUGGUCAUUAUUGCAUUCAACCUAUUCAAGGCCGCUAUACUUUGCUACAUGUGGUUUAGUAUGAGUGAAGCCCCCAUCCUGACCAUCGGUGAUGCCAUCGCCUCCUUUCUGCGUCGCCCGGAUCCAUAUACGAAGGGCAGAUGUCUUCUCGACCGAAAAUCGGGGUUCAUGCUUUCGGUUCUAUCAGGAUCAAUCAAAAAAUGGCCACCGCAUGAACCAAGGAAGUAUGUUGGGACGCGAAAACGUUGGAGUAGUGCCGUUUCCCGCAGGCGAUGGUUAAUCAGUAUAUCCUUUUGCAUUAUGGUCGUCCUUGCCUGUUUCGGCCUUUUUAUAUUCGUCCUUACCACUGUAUCCGGCCCAAAAAGCAUUUGGACAGCAAACCUAGGCUCAAUAGACGCAGCGAGCCUAAUCACCGGCGAUCACUGGCCCAAAACUCUAAUCCCUAACGUGAUAAUUGCUAACCUACCCCAAUUAACCUUAUCCUUCCUCUACUUCGCCUUCAACAGCCUCCUGACAACAAUGACUAUCGCCGCAGAAUGGAGCAGUUACGCUAUCAAUCGCAAAGGACUCAGAGUCUCGGGUAGUCCAUCCCUCUCGCAGCGCAGUUCCUAUUUCCUAUCAUUACCCUACCGCUACGCAAUCCCACUCGUGGUUGUAUCUAGUCUUCUACAUUGGCUUCUCUCACGAACUCUAUUUGUGGUAUCCGUUGAAGCGUACGAUCCAAACAUGAAGAGACAGCAAAUCUUUGAUCUUCUUAAAUGUGGAUACUCAUUGGUUGGGCAUAUUAGCACUCUUGGGGUUGGGGUCUUUAUGGUUUCCUGCCUCAUUGGAGUAAAUUUCAAGCGGUUUAAGUCGGGCAUGCCCGUUGUGGGAAGUUGCAGUUUUGCCAUUUCUGCGGCGUGUCACCCUGCUUUUGAUCCGAAUCGUGAAUUCAAUGAGGCAGUUGACGCAGGGAUGGAAUCGGAAAAUGAUGAUCAGGAUAUGGCUCUAUUACCUGUCCAAUGGGGUUCGGUGCCGGUCGUGGGACCUAUGGGACAUUGCAGCUUCACGUCCGAGGACGUGACAGAGCCCCACGAGGAGAAGGAAUAUCUCUAA